AUGCGGUCCGAAGCGUGCGGGGAAGACAUUGUGGAUGACGAUGACGAUGUGGACGAGGAUGUGGACGAGGAUGUGGAUCUCCAUGGAGUCUUGGCUUGGCCGCAUGGGGAAAGUGUGGGGGAUAUGCCAGUAUAUCAAGACAACAACCUCUUUGUAUGCUUUGAGAAGAUUGUUUCCGUGUUAUGA